GGCCGGGGAGGAGGAGACUCGGGAGGAGCAGAGCGCAGGCUCCGCCGCGGCCGGGGUGCUCCAGCCGAGCCCAACCGAGCGGGCGGACCGACGGGGAGAGAGAAGGCGCCAGAGCGCGCGCGCGGCCCCGAGCAGCAGCCUUGCCGCCAGUGGAGCAGGGGCCGACGCGCGGGGCCGCGGACCCAGCAUUCGCCGGCCGGGCCGGGCAUGAGCGCGGAGGGGCCGCGGCCGCCCCCUGCACCGCCCGGCGCGCCGAGGCCGUGACCGGAGCGGGGGGCGCGGCCGCACUAGUACCCCGGAGCCCAUGGGCGCGCCGAGCCGGGCGCGGGGGCGCUGAACGGCGGAGCGGGAGCGGCCGGAGGAGCCAUGGACUGCAGCCUCGUGCGGACGCUCGUGCACAGAUACUGUGCAGGAGAAGAGAAUUGGGUGGACAGCAGGACCAUCUACGUGGGACACAGGGAGCCACCUCCGGGCGCAGAGGCCUACAUCCCACAGAGAUACCCAGACAACAGGAUCGUCUCGUCCAAGUACACAUUUUGGAACUUUAUACCCAAGAAUUUAUUUGAACAAUUCAGAAGAGUAGCCAACUUUUAUUUCCUUAUCAUAUUUCUGGUGCAGUUGAUUAUUGAUACACCCACAAGUCCAGUGACAAGCGGACUUCCACUCUUCUUUGUCAUUACCGUGACGGCUAUCAAACAGGGUUAUGAAGACUGGCUUCGACAUAAAGCGGACAAUGCCAUGAACCAGUGUCCUGUUCAUUUCAUUCAGCACGGCAAGCUUGUUCGGAAACAAAGUCGAAAGCUGCGAGUUGGGGACAUUGUCAUGGUCAAGGAGGACGAGACCUUUCCCUGCGACUUGAUCUUCCUUUCCAGCAACCGGGGAGAUGGGACGUGCCACGUCACCACUGCCAGCUUGGAUGGAGAAUCCAGCCAUAAAACACAUUACGCGGUCCAGGACACCAAAGGCUUCCACACGGAGGAGGAUAUCGGCGGACUUCACGCCACCAUCGAGUGUGAGCAGCCCCAGCCCGACCUCUACAAGUUUGUGGGUCGCAUCAACGUUUACAGUGACCUGAAUGACCCCGUGGUGAGGCCCUUAGGAUCGGAAAACUUGCUGCUUAGAGGAGCUACACUGAAGAACACUGAGAAAAUCUUUGGUGUGGCUAUUUACACGGGCAUGGAAACCAAGAUGGCAUUAAAUUAUCAAGCAAAGUCUCAGAAGCGAUCUGCCGUGGAAAAAUCGAUGAAUGCGUUCCUCGUUGUGUAUCUCUGCAUUCUGAUCAGCAAAGCCCUGAUAAACACUGUGCUGAAAUACGUGUGGCAGAGUGAGCCCUUUCGGGAUGAGCCGUGGUAUAAUCAGAAAACGGAGUCGGAAAGGCAGAGGAAUCUGUUCCUCAAGGCGUUCACGGACUUCCUGGCCUUCAUGGUCCUCUUUAACUACAUCAUCCCCGUGUCCAUGUACGUCACGGUCGAGAUGCAGAAGUUCCUUGGCUCUUACUUCAUCACCUGGGACGAAGACAUGUUUGACGAGGAGACUGGUGAGGGGCCUCUGGUGAACACGUCGGACCUCAAUGAAGAGCUGGGACAGGUGGAGUACAUCUUCACAGACAAGACCGGCACCCUCACGGAAAACAACAUGGAGUUCAAGGAGUGCUGCAUCGAAGGCCACGUCUACGUGCCCCACGUCAUCUGCAACGGGCAGGUCCUCCCAGAGUCCUCAGGAAUCGACAUGAUUGACUCGUCCCCCAGCGUCAACGGGAGGGAGCGCGAGGAGCUGUUUUUCCGGGCCCUCUGUCUCUGCCACACCGUCCAGGUGAAAGACGAUGACAACGUAGAUGGCCCCAGGAAAUCGCCGGACGGGGGGAAAUCCUGUGUGUACAUCUCAUCCUCGCCCGACGAGGUGGCGCUGGUCGAAGGUGUCCAGAGACUUGGCUUUACCUACCUGAGGCUGAAGGACAAUUACAUGGAGAUAUUAAACAGGGAGAACCACAUCGAAAGGUUCGAAUUGCUGGAAAUUUUGAGUUUUGACUCAGUUAGAAGGAGAAUGAGUGUAAUUGUAAAAUCUGCUACAGGAGAAAUUUAUCUGUUUUGCAAAGGAGCAGAUUCUUCGAUAUUCCCCCGAGUGAUAGAAGGCAAAAUUGACCAGAUCCGAGCCAGAGUGGAGCGUAACGCAGUGGAGGGGCUCCGAACUUUGUGUGUUGCUUAUAAAAGGCUGAUCCAAGAAGAAUAUGAAGGCAUUUGUAAACUGCUGCAGGCUGCCAAAGUGGCCCUUCAAGAUCGAGAGAAAAAGUUAGCAGAAGCCUAUGAGCAAAUAGAGAAAGAUCUUACUCUGCUUGGUGCUACGGCUGUUGAGGACCGGUUGCAGGAGAAAGCUGCGGACACCAUCGAGGCCCUGCAGAAGGCCGGGAUCAAGGUCUGGGUUCUCACGGGAGACAAGAUGGAAACGGCCGCGGCCACGUGCUACGCCUGCAAGCUCUUCCGCAGGAACACGCAGCUGCUGGAACUGACCACUAAGAGGAUCGAGGAGCAGAGCCUGCACGAUAUCCUGUUCGAGCUGAGCAAGACGGUCCUGCGCCACAGCGGGAGCCUGACCAGAGACAACUUCUCCGGGUACUCUAACAGACUUUCAGCAGAUAUGCAGGACUACGGUUUAAUUAUCGAUGGAGCUGCACUGUCUCUGAUAAUGAAGCCUCGAGAAGAUGGGAGUUCCGGCAACUACAGGGAGCUCUUCCUGGAAAUCUGCCGGAGCUGCAGCGCGGUGCUCUGCUGCCGCAUGGCGCCCUUGCAGAAGGCUCAGAUUGUUAAAUUAAUCAAAUUUUCAAAAGAGCACCCAAUCACGUUAGCAAUUGGCGACGGUGCAAAUGAUGUCAGCAUGAUUCUGGAAGCGCACGUGGGCAUAGGUGUCAUCGGCAAGGAAGGCCGCCAGGCUGCCAGGAACAGCGACUAUGCAAUCCCAAAGUUUAAGCAUUUGAAGAAGAUGCUGCUUGUUCACGGGCAUUUUUAUUACAUUAGGAUAUCUGAGCUCGUGCAGUACUUCUUUUAUAAGAACGUCUGCUUCAUCUUCCCUCAGUUUUUAUACCAGUUCUUCUGUGGGUUUUCACAACAGACUUUGUACGACACCGCGUAUCUGACCCUCUACAACAUCAGCUUCACCUCCCUCCCCAUCCUCCUGUACAGCCUCAUGGAGCAGCAUGUUGGCAUCGACGUGCUCAAGAGAGACCCGACCCUGUACAGGGACGUCGCCAAGAAUGCCCUGCUGCGCUGGCGUGUGUUCAUCUACUGGACGCUCCUGGGACUGUUUGACGCACUGGUGUUCUUCUUUGGUGCUUAUUUCGUGUUUGAAAAUACAACUGUGACAAGCAACGGGCAGAUAUUUGGAAACUGGACGUUUGGGACGCUGGUAUUCACCGUGAUGGUGUUCACAGUUACACUAAAGCUUGCAUUAGACACACACUACUGGACUUGGAUCAACCAUUUUGUCAUUUGGGGGUCGCUGCUGUUCUACGUCAUCUUUUCGCUUCUCUGGGGAGGAGUGAUCUGGCCGUUCCUCAACUACCAGAGGAUGUACUACGUGUUCAUCCAGAUGCUGUCCAGCGGGCCCGCCUGGCUGGCCAUCGUGCUGCUGGUGACCAUCAGCCUCCUUCCCGAUGUCCUCAAGAAAGUCCUGUGCCGGCAGCUGUGGCCAACAGCAACAGAGAGAGUCCAGCAGAAUGGGUGCGCACAGCCUCGGGACCGCGACUCAGAAUUCACCCCUCUUGCCUCUCUGCAGAGCCCAGGCUACCAGAGCACCUGUCCCUCGGCCACCUGGUACAGCUCCUGCUCUCAGCAGGUGACACUCGCAGCCUGGAAGGAGAAGGUGUCCACGGAGCCCCCGCCCACCCUCAGCGGUUCCCGUCACCGCUGCAGUUCCAUCCCAAGUCACAGCUGCCCUGGGUCCCAUGUGGGAAUGCUCGUGUGAUGGAUGGUCCUAAGCCUGUGGAGACUGUGCACGUGCCUCUUCCUGGCCCCCAGCAGGCAGGGAGGGGGGUCACAGGCCCUGCCCUCGAGCGUGGCACGCUGGCCGCCUGGACCCAGCACUGUGGUUGUUGAGCCACACCGGUGGUCUCCGGGCAUUCGGCUCAACGCAGGAGGGACAUUCUGCUGGCCAACCCUGCGCGCUGUCAUGCAGAGGCCAUUCCCCCAGGCCUGUGUCUUCCCCCACCUGCCGUCAUCGGCCUUUGCUGUCACUGGGAGAGAAGAGCCGUCCAGGGACCCAUGGUGGACCACAUGUGGACACCACAUGCUGCUGUUUCCUGCUUGUGCGGCCGCCACCUGUGCUCUCCAUAGGGCGAGGUAGAGCCAUGGCAGUGCGUCCUUUACUCAACAACCCUCCAAUCCUCAUGCUGUGGGAAGGUCCGGGUCACUCGGAUACCAUCAUCCCUGCGGAUGCACGGCCGUACCCUGCUCAUCUGGGAGUGGUUUCCCUGCGGUUACGUCCAAGUCCGCCUGCCCUGUGCGUCGGGGCUGGCUGAGUUUCGGUCUCCCCACCACCGGCCGCCUCGUGGAGAAGGCAGUGCCACAUGGGAGGACAAGGCCACGCUGGCAGCUUCUAGCCCUGCAGCAAAAGUGCCAGGAUGUCCAUCAGCCACUCACCAGGGCACGGAGCCGUCAGUCCACUGUUACGCGAGAAUGUUGAUCUCACGGGUGCGAGGGCCGGGAGACAGAUACUUGGCUGUGAUGAGCAGACAUCCUCUGUCCCCGUGGAGGGGUCAACACCAAGGUGGUGUUUGUGCACCAGAACCUGUCUCGGGCUGAUGGGGGCGGCCCACAGGACAUGGGUGGAUCCCAACAGGCAGCACUGCACCUCCACCCACCUCCCGCGCUGCAGCUCUGCCCACCGGGCUCUGUGUCCCCACGUCCCCACGUCCCCACGUCCCCUCGUCCCCUCGUCCCCUCGUCCCCACGUCCCCUCGUCCCGUCCCCAUGUCACCUUGUCCUCACGUCCCCUUGUCCCGUCACCUCAUCCCCAUGUCCCCUCGUCACCUCAUCCCGUCCCCUCAUCCGCUUGUCCCCACAUCUCCUCAUCCCCACGUCCCCUCAUCCUCACGUCCCCACGUCCCCACGUCCCCAUGUCCCCUCAUCCCCACGUCCCCUCGUCCCCCCGUCCCCACGUCCCCACGUCCCCUCGUCCCCUCGUCCCCACGCAGGGCUCUCCUUCGUCUUAGGAUCUGUCCAGCGCUGCUCUGGGUGGCUUAGCAACCCGAGGGCUGCUGUGAUAGGAAGUCCCUGUUGCUUUCUGUACUGGCAUUUCUAUUUCUAGAAAUAAUCUUUGACGUAGCCUUAAUGGUCCUUAAAGAAGACAUUUCAGUGUGAGAUUCAGACUUCAGACGCUGAAACUGCUGCCUUUCAGGAAAGCACCACCAACGCUGGAGGAGGAGCCGGCCCUCACGCCCGCCGCCACGCUGUGAAACGGGGCUCCGGCAAGUGAAACCCAGAGGGUGUUUCUGAGGUGCUCGACAGUAGGUAUUUUUGGAAGCUCAAAUUUCACCAUUUGAUUGUAUAAUCUUUUACCUAUAAAAUAUUUAUUUGAACUAGAGGAUAAAUCAGCAGGAAGAACAGUGAACACAGUGGUUGGGAUAAAAUAAGGUGACAAAUAAACACCACACCAAAGAUGAGGGUAGUGAGCAACUGGCUUGAGCAGACAGAACGGGGAAGACUCCACUCUGUCCCGAGGGGCGAGCCGCAGGCGUCCCCAGGGCCACCCUGCCCUGAGGUCCUUGUGUGGCCACCCUGGCUUGGCAGCCCUGCCCACGCUACCCCCGCAAACAGUGGUGUGUGCAUUUUUACAGCCCUUUUUAAGAACCCAAUAUGGGCAUAAAUGUAAUACCUGUAGCGGGGGCAGAUUCUCUGUAUGUUCAGUUAACAAAUUAUUUGUAAUGUAUUUUUUUAGAAAUCUUAAAAUUGCCUUUGCACUGAAGUAUUUUCAUAGCUGUUUAUAUCUCUUUUAUUCAUUUAUUUAACAUUGUCUAAUUUAAAAAAUAGGUUUUUAAAGCUUUCAUUUUUAAGUUUAUGAAAUUUUGGCCAUUUUACAUUUAGAUUCUGGUGAGAGUUUUGACUGAAUGUUCCAGUCUCUGAUGAAUGUGAAUUUUCAGAUUUGAUUUUAUUCUCUACACACACUUCUUCCUUUCUUGGUAUUUCUGGUGGCAGUGAUUAGUUGAACAGCAUAUUUAAGGCAGGAUAAUUUGCUACAUUUUUUCUUUACAAUUUGUUGCAAUUUCAUCUGCUUUCUAUGUUUCAUUGUUAAUUGCCAUCCUUCAGCCUUAAAAAUAGAAGAUUCUCACGUGAAGGUUUAGUAAGUUGGGUCCCAGCUCUGCCUGUGUGGAGAUAGUCACCAUGUACCUCUGACAACAAGUCUUAGUGUGAAAGUCACUAAACUUUUACACACUCCCAAACGUCUUUUAAAAAAUUGCUUGGGAAAUUAUUAAAUGAAUGUGCCUGAUCAUUUGAAAUAACAAGGGGCACGAGAUAAAAAAGAAUAGGACGAGAAGAUCCUCAGUGAAUGACGUUGCAGGGUCUUCAUGCAAUUUUUCACCUCGCAGUAGUUAGUAUUUACUUGCCUUAAACUAACUUUGAAGCAAGUAAUGUCAACUUUGAGCACUUUGUUGAGUUUUGAAAAAUCUUAUUUGCUGCUGCACAGGUUAAUAAAUUAUCAAUUUGUAAUUCAGCAUGUUGGUCAGAGACACGGUCACCGAUUCACACCCAGUCCCUGCCACAGACCAUCUCAGACACACACAGUGGGCCUGCUGCAUGUGUGUUCCCUGGCUUUUGGCUCCAUGCUCACUCGUAGCCAUGUCCACAUGGGGGCUUGCACACAGGAACACACGCAUACAUAUGUACAUGUACACACCACAGACAUGCAAGCUCCUGCACACAUGCAUGCAUACAAACGUGUACACAAGUGUGAGCUCCUACAUGCAUACACACAUGCACACACGUGUACAUACACCAAAGCAUGUGUGACCUACAGACAUGCAGUACAUGCACAUGUGUACACACACCACAGACACGCGUGUGCACACUCCUACACAAUGCAUAUGCACAUACCAUGAACAGCGUAAGUUCCUACACACGGACGUGUGAUACACACAUGCAUGUACAGGUAAGCACACAUGUACAAGCUCCUACAGGCUUGCUGUCACACACGUGUAUGCACACCAGAAAGACGUAUGAGCUUCUACUCAUGCACACAUGCAUACACACAUAUGCACACGUACAUUCACUACAAACACGUGCAGCCUCCUGCACACAUGCACAUUCAUGUGUACACACACCACAAACGAGUUCCCAGACGUGUAAACACACGUGCGCACACCAUACAUGUGAGCUCCCACACGUACACACAGAUGCACAUGUACACGCCCCAAACAUACAUGCAGGCUCCUGCACACAUGAAUACACACGCACACAUGCACAUGUACACACCCCAAACGCACAGGCUUCUACACACAUGCACACACGUGUGUACACCACAAACAUGAGUUCCCAGACAUGUAAACAUGUGUGCACACCAUACACACGUGAGCUCCCACACGUGUACACGUGCACAUGUACACACCACAAACGCAUGCGCAGGCUCCUGCAUACGUGAAUACAUACACGCACACACGUAUACACACACGUGCCACAAACAAGUGCACACUGUCCUGGUGUCCUGCACUGCAUCCUGCCUCCUUCCUGAGGCAUGGGACGGGCAUGGGAAGAUGGGGCUCCCUGGCCCCCAGCCAUGCCUCCCUGAGAUGAAGAGUCCCCCUCCUGGCAGAAUGUCUGGGCUUUGCAGAGCAGGCCCCAGGGGUGAGUCGCAGCUCCACUUAACCAGCUGCUCUGUGAGCAACGCUUCGUGCCCUGGACAAGGCCCUUUCCCCUUUAGGGAGGUCCAGCCUCGCAAGCUGAAACCUCCCCUCGGCUCAGCCCUAUACCAGGCGGCCACAGCAGGACUGGCCACACCCACGCGGCACCUCAUCCCUGCACGCGUCAGGGAGCACGGCCAGCCUUCUGCCACGAGCCAUCUGGGAAGGGCCGUGGCCUCCUAAAGCCCCAGUCAACCCAGCCUGUGUCUGAGCAGACAGGGCAAACAAGCAGGCCACACCGUCUCGAGGGAGGAGGCCAGAUGCAGCCAGCUUCUCCGACAGGGUGACCAUCCGCUCGGCUUGCUGAGCAUUUAAACAAAUGUUUAGACAGGCUGUGGUGACUCCUCUGAGUUCAGCCUUGGCCGGGGGUCUGGUGCCGUAGCAGGAAACCUCCAGCCUUGUUCUUCAAACCACUCAGCUCAUAUGUUUUGCACUGACUAGUAUUGAAUAAUACAACCACUUUUAUUUAACGUUAAUAUUAUUUAUUUGACAACUCAGUGUCUAACAGCUUGAUAUGCAGGUCCUUGCAUCCUACGUUUCUUUAGGAAGUUACCCAUUUGUAACUUUAAAAACAGGAAAAAUAUCAGUUGGCAAAUGUAAUCUUUUUUUUUUUUUAAGCUAAAGGUGGGUGAACUGGAAUGAAAAUAUUUCUGAUAUUGUGUCUAUAAGCAGCCUUGAUGGGAAGUGUCAUGAAAGUGUGAUUCUACUUUUGCAGAAAAAUCUAAAGAUCAAUUUAUAUAGCUUUAUUUUUUACUUUAUCAAAGUAUACAGAAUUUUAAUAUGCAUAUGUUGUGUCUGACUUAUAAUGUCUGCGUUACCAUUUAAAAUGUCUAUUCAUUAUGUAAUGUAAUAAAAGAAGGUCUUCAAAAAUGUAUUUAACAUGAAUGGUAUCCAUAGUUGUCAUCAUCAUAAAUACUGGAGUUUAUUUUUAAAUUAUUAAACAUAGUAGGUACAUUAACAUAAAUCAGUCUCCACACAGUAACAUUUAACUGGUAAUUCAUUAAUCUGCUUUGAAAAAUUGAAUUGUUAAUUAAACCAAAUCUAACAUUUCUGUAAAGUUUAUUUUGUAUGCUCCUGUUUUUAACUUUUAUUUCUGUAGAUAAACUGACUUGAUAAUAUUAUAUUGGCCUUUUCUCUAGAUUAUCUAAGCAGGAGACCUGAAUCUGCUUGCAAUAAAGAAUAAAAAUCUG